AUGGCAACCACAGGAAGUCCCUUAUCCAGUGGAACAGGAAACGUUUCCGAGGAAGCCUCCAGGAAGCGUGAAUUACGUUUAUUGAAAAAUAGGGAGGCUGCUCGCGAAUGUCGAAUCAAGAAAAAAGAAUAUGUGAAAUGUUUAGAAAACAGAGUGGCAGUUUUAGAAAAUCAAAAUAAAACAUUAAUAGAAGAAUUAAAAGCUCUGAAAGAAUUAUAUUGUCAAAAAGAAUAA